AUGUCUAAAUUUGGUUUAGAGGGUUUAACAGAGGGAAAUUCAACAUCUUCUACAAAUAAUGGCCUGGAUGAUCUCUUCAACUACGACACAGACGGCGAUGAUCCGUUCAGAAAUGACCAAAAAUCUUCGAAAAAAGAUCGGGAGAAAGCCAUUGAGAGAAAAAGUGAGAUUAAGGAUGGUUUAGGUAUCGAUGAAGAAAUUCAACUUACUAGAAAACCGCGAGCGCCCAGGAUUAAGCUUGACGAGAAUCUGUAUUCAAUAUCUGCUGGAAGUUUGCUCUCAGCCGCGGGUAUUCCGAAACUGCGUUCUAGUGCCAAAAAUAUACAAUUUAGAGGGAAAGGCCAUGAGUAUUCCGAUGCUUCAAAACUGCUAAAUUUAUACCAACUCUGGCUUGAUGAUUUAUUCCCGAAAGCAAAGUUUCGAGACGCUCUAGCGAUGGUCGAGAAACUGGGUCACAAGAAGAGAAUUCAAGCAUUGCGUAUGGAAUGGAUUAAUGAGGGAAAUCCAAACGUGCAACCUGAUUUGGAUGCCUCAGCGUUAGAAACGCAAACACGAUGCACAGGGGUUACCACAAUUGAUGAAAAUUAUCCGGAAACAGGUGAAGACGUCUCUCAAAGGACUAGAGAUGAGAGGCCGAGCACUCCAAUGGAAGAAGAACAGCCAGAAGAAGAUAUCUACAAUGCGACACCGAAAACUCAGACACAGAGGUCAAAAAAUACGCCUGAACAGCCUAAUACAGCUAGUGAGAAGCUUGGAACACUGGAAGAAGAGGGGCCAGUUGACGACGAACUUGAUGCUUUGCUUGCAGGUUUCUCAGCCAAACCCCAUCACGAUUUGGUAACAUCUACAGUCGAAAAAAAUGAUUUUGAAGAUGAUGAGGAGGCUAUGGCUGAAAUGGAUAUGGACUGGUAA